CUCACGGUCGCUUUUUUCCCAGAGAGCCAGGGCGAUUCUUGCCAAGCCAAGGAUAUCAGCAAAGCCAUAACACUUACCACGUAUACUAUCCCAUCAGCAUACACCUGCUUCAACAUGAGCGACAUCUUCACCAUGAAUAGCAGUACAGGCUUCCAAAUGACCCAGGAUCAGAGAUUUUGGAAGUUGAAGGACCACACCAACGGCAUUGCUUGGGAACUAUUCAACCAAGACCUGUACGAUGAGAGGGCAAAUUACACGCACACUUGGCUCAGGAUGAGGAAGCCUACCGUCAACCAAGAUGGCAAGAGAAGUUUGUGGCGCUACUAUCAAUACACACUCCCUGACUGUCGAGAUGUCCGGAUUGGCCAUGAAGACAGCGAUGAUGUGCCGUUCUCCUGGGUCAGCUGCCAAACCAGCGAGGACGGCCUUUGUAAAUCAGCAGCAUAUCCUAUUGGAAGCUUUGCCAUCUACAACACUGGAGACGAGGGCGACGAUUAUGACUGCGAUAACUGGACGCAGUUUGGAGCGGGGGCUACGGUGGGAACGAAUGUUGGCGUCCUGAUC